AUGGAAGCGCAAAGGAACGGUGCCGCAUCCAGUCCUUUUCAACCUGUGCGCGAAUCGAUUGACUGGCUCGAGCAGGUCAAGGCCGAGCGAGCCAAAGCACUCGAGAUCCGCCGCGCGGAAAGAAAGAAACCAGUAUAUGAUCAAUCGACGUAUGCGACGAGAACAUAUGGCAGCGUUAUUCCAGAACUGCGAGCAGAGAUCGCCAAGAUUGGAAUGGAUCCAAAGGAAGAUCCAGAAAGUGAAAGUGCUCAAAUUCAAUUCCGCAUUGACGAGGCUAAUUUGAAUAGUUACCGCGAGAAGCUCGAUCAGAGGUCACGCAUCAGCCGCUACGAACUGCUGGCGGAUAAGCGUAGGAUCUUCCAUCGUCAAUUUGGGAUACUCAGCAAGAAAGCAGCCAUCAAGCAGAUUACGGAGCGCGCUGAUGUCGCAGAAAAGGAAGCUGAUGACCGAGAAAAGCGACUCGAGGCAGAAACUAUAGCUUUUGAUGAGCACUUGCACGACGCCAAUGCUGCGGCGAUCUCUGCAAUGCAAGAAGCAGAUGAAAUGUCGCGCCAACAUCGUCGCAAAAACGCCGAAAUCAAGAAGAUGACUGGGCAAAUCGCUGAGAUCCGAGCGGAAAUCUGCCGCAUGGAAGACAAAUUCAGGGUCAAGGAUGAGAUUAAGCAGUUUGUCAAUUUGGUACAUCACAAUACGUCCACGAGCGACAACAAGCCCAUUCGCAUGAAUUCUGAGGAUUGGAAUGCCGCCUGGAACACGAUUUACUCGACGCGAGAUGGGAAUCCCUUCAGUCCAUCUACGGGUGUGGCUUUGAUGCUGGAGCGAAUCGAUGAGCUGGAAACGCGCAAUUUGUCCUUGAUUGGGCACUUUCAGCACUCUGAGGAGGAAUUCGACGAGAUCAAAAAGGUCUUUGAAAAGACAGAGCAGCGUCUCGAGAAGCAGAUUCAAGACUUACAGGAACACAUGGAAAUGAUGGAAUCAACGGCAGAACGAUUCACCAAUCGAUCUGAAGAGCUUGAAUUCUACUGCAACAUGUUUGGCGGCGCCGCGGGCUUUGAAGACCAAGAUGCUCAACUAGCGAUCUUUGAAAAAGUGAUUGCUGGAGUUUACGCUGAUACAACAGGCCAGAAGUCGCUGGAGAUCACGAUUGAUGCACUUUCCAUGCUGACCUUUAUCGAGACGCGGCUCGAGGACUUGAUUGAGAUUGAAGAUAGACUUCCGCCUGCGAGAGUUAAAGCCGAACAAAACGAAAGAGACAAGCAACGACGAAUCCAAGCUCGAGAGCAAAUGCAAAAAGAAAGUGAAGAAAAGCAGCGCGAGCGAGCUGAACGCGCCAAGAAUCGCAACGCCACCGAUAUGCUCAAGCGAAUCGGCCGAAAGUUGAACCAGCGAUCUCGUCCUCCAAACAGGCGCCAAAAUCUUACUGUAGAAGUACUUGAAGAAGAUCCAGAUGCAGAGUUCUUCAGAUAUGACUAA